AUGAGUGAUUUAAUCUCUAAAGCUGUAUCAAAUUUCUAAGAGAAAAUAACUGAAUAUUACCUUCCCAUAAUAAAUCCUAGUUCUCAUGAAUUUCGAUAACAUAAUAACAAAGUUUUAUUGAAUAAAACAAUUAAAUCUAAAUCAUAACAUGCCAUAUAAAAAAUUAUUGCAACAUCAUCCAAUCAAUCCCCUCCAAAUACAGGCACUACUUAUUAAUAUUCUUUUGGAUAGAGUAAUCCUCCUAAAGAUAAUGAAUCUAUAUAGUUUUCUAUUUAAAUGAAUAAAACUAUUAAUUAGAAAGAAAUUUCUAAUGAUAUGAUUAGCAUUAAUUAGUUAAUUCAAGAAAAGAAAAAAGAACUUAUAGCAGAUAAUAAAUACUUUCUCAAAGAAAUUAGUAGAAUCAGAUGUAAAUUUACUCAUAUUUUUAGAGGAUUUCUAAUUGAAAGCAAAAAUUAGGAAUAAACUUCAAAAAGACAGAAAAUCUACGACUUCAUCUCAAGAUAAAUAUGAAAUAUGUUGGGAUGAGACUUUAAAAGAAAUGAAUAAAGAUUCCUAAGAAUAAGAUUAAUUAGUUGAUUCUAUAAGCAAAAUUAAUUAAGAACAAAUUAAAAAAACUUAAAGACCAAAACCUCUUAGAAGUCAAGUAAUCUUAUCUUUUGUUAUUUUUAGAUAUUUUCUAAAAUUAGAGAAUAAGAAAAUUAAUAUUUUAAAUAGUAUUCAGAAUCAUUAAUCAAAUAAAUGAAAUAAAGAUCAAUUUAAGUCGUAGAUGAAGUUUCUGCUCAAAUUGAAUAAAUUUAAUUAUUAAAAAAAGAAUAAUAAAAUUAAAGAUCUAAAGAAAGAGAAGAUGCAAAAAAAGAAAUAAUUAAAUCUUUAAGAUGUUAAGAAUAAAAAAAAAUCCUUAGUCUACUCAAAAAUAAGUCAUCAAACUAUUAUCUUUAGCCAUAAAGAAAAAAUAUUGAAUAAUCUGAUGAUGCAACAACCAAUUCAUUUUCUAAAAGCAAUAAAAGAAGAUCUACUAGUUUUAAUAAAGCUCUACCUUUUAUUGAUUUUAAACAAGAUAAAGGAAUAAUUUAAAAUAUUGUUGAGUAGUAAAAUUAAACUAAACUUUAAUUUCUUGAAAAAACCUAAUUUAAAAGAAAAAAUAUCAUCACAAAAUCAAUUAAUAGUUAACCUUUUUUGGAUUUAUCUAAGGUAAUUAAAUGUUCAUGA